UUACCCAGUUAUCGAUGCACGAACGCUUCAUAAAUUCUGAGACGAGCUUUUCAACUUGUGACGGCUGAGCUCUGGUUCAAUUGAAGCUGACUAUGGCAAAAAAGCUCAUGCAUGCCCUUCAAUACAAUGCUUAUGGUGGAGGUCCUUCAGGCUUAAAGCAUGUUGAAGUUCCAGUUCCCACUCCAAAUAAAGAUGAAGUGUUGAUGAAAUUGGAGGCAGCGAGUCUAAAUCCAUUUGAUUGGAAGGUUCAGAAAGGCAUGAUUUGGCCUUUGCUGCCUCGCAAGUUUCCACAUAUACCUGGCACUGAUGUGGCAGGAGAGGUUGUAGAGGUUGGACCAGAAGUCAAAAAUUUCAAAGCCGGUGACAAAGUUGUAGCCAUGGUUAAUCCUCUUAGUGGAGGUGGUCUAGCUGAGUUCACCGUGACAAAGGAGAGCUUGACUGUUGCAAGGCCACCCGAAGUUUCAGCAGCCACUGCUGUAGGAUUACCUGUUGCUGGUCUCACAGCUCACCAGGCACUCUGUCAGUCUGCUGGAGUCAAGCUUGAUGGAAGUGGCCAACAAGCAAACAUUCUGAUCACAGCCGCCUCAGGCGGUGUAGGUCACUAUGCGGUUCAAUUGGCAAAGCUUGGGAACACUCACGUGACAGCCACUUGUGGUGCACGCAACAUUGAAUUCAUCAAGAGCUUAGGGGCUGAUGAGGUUCUCGACUACAAGACUCCAGAAGGAGCUGCUCUGAAGAGUCCAUCUGGACGGAAAUAUGAUGCCGUGAUCCAUUGUGCUACAGGCAUUCCUUGGUCAACUUUUGAACCUAAUUUAAGUGCAAGUGGUAAGGUAAUAGAUAUUACUCCUGGCCUCAAUGCAGUGAUGAGUUUUGCUGUAGGAAAGCUUACCUUUUCCAAGAAGCAACUAGUGCCACUGCUCUUAGCUCCCAAGGCCGAGAACCUGGAUUACCUUCUGAAGUUGGUUAGAGAAGGGAAGCUCAAGACAGUAAUCGACUCCAAGUAUCCCCUGACCAAGGCUGAAGAUGCUUGGGCUAAGAGUAUUGAUGGUCAUGCUACAGGAAAGAUAAUUGUGGAGGCUCUGUAGGUGUAUUUUGUUCUUGAAAUUACCCAAUUUUAUCGUUUUAUGAAGUUAAAUGGGAUGGUUGUGUAUAUGAGCCAUAUGGAUCAUGGAUGUGCCGCAUAGUCCUACCGUGAGUUGCUGUAAAUGACGAUGCUUUGAGAUUCCUCUCCGCCAUCUGGAUUUUGGUGAUAAAUCUAUCAAUCAGUCUGAUGUUCUUUUGCUUCAAAAGCACAUACUGAAACUCUAAGAGACCAAAAAACAUAAGAUGGUGGAUAAACUGAAGGAUCUGAUCAAUACAAAAGCGCUUCUCUAAUAAAUGUUGAAGUCAAAGUCGAGAAACCGAACUUCUCAUCUGCAGUUCCCAUCGUUUUUUUUUUUGAAGGGAGACACUAAACGCUAUGGGUUUAGUAGGGUUUAGUGUUUCCUUUCAAAGAAAAAAGGAAGUGUUGAGGUGGCUUCUGCCACAUCAUUUGAGAUUCAUAUUUGGUAUAAUAUUUUGGUAUUUGUACUUUUGUAGUACUACUUUUGAAGAAGUACAAAUUCUGGGCGUUGGGCCUGAUUGGACAUAAUGGCA